CUCCCCAUCCGAUCGUAUCAGCGUUACGAUCGCGCGAUCCCAAUUGAUAGAUCCACGAGGACCCGAGUAGAUCCCGCAACUUCUUCUUUUUCCUUCCUUCCUCGCGUCGCAACCCUCGGCGCGACGACUUCGGGCUUCAGGGUGUUACGGGACAGAGACGGAGAGAGAGACGGAGAGAGAGAGAGAGAGAAAGAGGUCGGUGAUGAAAACGAGAGAGAACGACAGGCCGAUCGAUGCAUUGAGGCGCCUAGUGGCCAUGCAGGCACACCAGGCUCCCUUCGCCAGCGCAGAGAGCUCAGCCCCCGUUCGGUUCACCCCCUGCCCCGGUAUGGCUUGCAGCGGCGCGGCGGCGCGCGACGCGGACUGGCUUCCCUUCUUCUGGGGAAAGUGCCGUGGUAGCGUGCAGUUGCGCAUCGACCUCCGGGGCGUGCACAGCGGAGUUAGCGGGUGCCGGCGCUCCUUGUGAGUGCAGCAGCAACGACGACGACGACGGCGGCGGCGGCGGUGGCGCGUAGGCGGGGUUCCUCGUCGCGCUCUCCCUCCUUGGGAGGCUGAACCGUGUGAUCGUGCCGUCGGGGGAUGUCGUUGUGUCGGUGCCAACAAUCACUGCCGAUCGCGAUUCUUAACUUCGGUUCUUCUCACUUCCGUUCGCUUAUCUCGCUUGCUACGAGCCCAGUCAUGCUGUCAGCCAAGGCCAACAUCCGAAUCGCAACAACGUUGGAAUCGUCACUGUGAUAUGCUCGUUUCGCUGGCGAGCUAUUAUGGAGAUAGCUGAUGCCGGAGGAGGAUCCAACAACAACAGGCAGCAAUACCUUCGAUCGCCUCAUCAUAUUGGUAUCAUCUCGCUGUUGCUGCUGCUGCUGCUGAUUGCUGACGCGUCGAACGGUGGCGGCGUCGGGGGUAGCACAGGUGGCGGAGGCGGGGGCGGAGGCGGAAGCGGGGGUGCGGGCGGCGGCGGUGGCGGUAGCGGUGGCACUGGAACUGGAACUGCCACUGGCACUGGUGGCGGCGGUGGCGGUGGCGGUGGCAGCGGUGUCAGCAUCAUCGGCAGCGGCGUCGGUGGUGGCACUUGCGGGUUGGCCGAGUUGACGUGCCGGGACGGCCGGUGCGUGCCAAUCGACGCUUACUGCAACGGCGAGGAUGACUGCGGCGAUGGUAGCGAUGAGCCGGCGAUGUGUACGCCGUGCAAUCGCACGUACCACGGCCGCGAGGGGCACACGUACAAGUUGGAUCUAUCGAGGCCCGCCGAGGAACGGCUGCCAUUCCUCUGCCACCUGACGUUUACCGCGGCCGGCCAGGGCUACGGCGAGCUGGUCCAGUUACUGUGGGACGCCUUCAGCGUCGGCCGCAUCGACGCGAACGCCGAUAACUACUUCACCAGCUGCCCCGAGGGCUCGCUCCAGCUCGCUGAACUCGGCAGGCACUUCACCGGCGGCUCGUGGUGCGGCGUCAGCGAGGGCCGCGCGUCCUACUACAGUGAAACCAGUACGGUCACUGCCUCUAUACGGCUGUUCCACGCGCCGUCUGCGGUGCCAUUCGAAUUUCGUCUACGUUACCGCUUCGUCGCGCGUAAUGAAGCGGUCGCCCGACUGGGCAAACCAGAACUGCCGAUCGAGCGGGGUUCCCCGGUACCGGGCACCUAUUGCUCUCGCAACUUCUACGAGUGCCACCUGAAGCAGUGCCGGCUGCAGAGCCCGAACUACCCCGGCGAGUAUCCGCGCAACGCGAGCUGCCUGAUCACCGUGCGCCAGAAGGAGGUGCCCACGUGCAAGCACGCUAUGAUAUCUGUCAAGAGUAUGUACAACGGUCCGGUCGGUCUCAGCACCACCGCCAACACCAGUCUCAGCGUCUGGCAGGAUUGCUCCCCGGACAGGGAUCGUCUGAUCUUCCGUGACGGCGCGCGCACGGAGGACCCGGUCCUCCUGGUGUACUGCGGUGGCCCGCUGCCGCAGGUGACCGCGCGCGGACCUGCCAUGCAGGUGGAGUUCCGCAGCUCGCCGGUCGCGAUACCGCUCGGCGCGUCCUCGAUGCGGCUCGAGCUCGACUUGCGGGUGAUCUACGUCGACUCGGACGGCCUGGACUACGCCAAGGGCCCGCAGGGCUGCCACUUCUUCGUGAACGGCACCGGGGUCGGCGCCAAGCGUAGCGGAACGAUACGCGCGCCUCUGCACGCGCUACCGCCCGGUUCCAGCUGCACGUGGAACAUCAAGGGCGCGACCGGCGACCGCGUGUGGAUAUACUUCUCGUCGUACUCGCAGCGCGAUCUCACCGGCAACGGCGAGAACGGCAACACGACCACCGGCCAGGGGCCUACGCCGGACAUCUCCGCGGCGUCGGUGUGCGCGGUUAAGCUCGUCUUCUGGGACGGUGCGCCGAACACGGGCCAGCUGAUGACCAUGCUGUGCGAUGACACGCCCAAGCUGUGCGCCCAUGCCGCUCUUCGUAAUAUCACCAGGAGUACGAGGCCGUGCACCGAGGAGGAGAGCUACCUGACGACCGCGCCGAGCUUGACCCUGCGCAUGGAAACCGUUCUCGGCACCGCUCUUCAUCCGAUUAACUUUCACGCGCGAUACGAGUUUAUUUCCACCGUUCAGAGCGGUGAACCCUGGGGCGACGGUGUUUGCAGCCGGGUGUGGCGCAAGGUGCACGUCGGCGAGGUGAUGUCGCCGCGUGACGUGCGUCUGUUUGGCCGGGGUGGUACCAGCAAGCUGGACUGCAGGUAUCGUAUAGAGGCCGGCGGCGGGGAGCGAGUCCGCUUGACGUUGCACAACGUCAGUCUGGGCGACUCUACCAUGUGCACGAGCGAUUCGGACCCGCACACCGGUAAGCCGCGCUGCGUUCAAGAGGUCGGAUCCAGAGACGCGCGUCUAGUCAUUUAUGAGGCGCCGUGGCGGGACGUGAAGCUACCACGGACUUGCCUGUGCGACAACGCGUCGCACAUACCGCUCACAUAUAUCACCUCCGGCCGUGCGCUGGAGAUAACUUUCCUGGUAGAUCAGCAGGCGCCCCAUGAGGAUUUCGACACGAUCUUCUUCUACGCCAGCUUCGAGCUCAUCCGCGUGCCGGAGUGUCCACGAAAGCAGAGGAUUCGUGGCGAGGGUGGCGAACUAAACUUCGUCAAUCCGCCGUUGUCGAGGCCGGACAUCUAUUGCGAGGGUCUUCCAUGGCUGGUGGAGGCGCGCGAGAAUCGGUCGCUCUUCGUUCUUACCUGGGGCUGGUUUCUGCCGUUAGAGCCGCCGCCAAUCACCGGCACCGAGACGUCCAGCGGUGUCAGCAGUACUGGCGGCGGCACGACCACCGGCGAUCAGGUCAAAUGCCCGACCACCAAUCGCAUCCUCCUUUAUUCCGGCUGGCCGCCGAAGUUGCUGAAGGUGGUGUGCCCAGCGCCACCGGGCUCCCGCGAGUUCACCGUGCACGUGUUCUCGCAGGAAUGGCUGGGCCCCACGGAGGAGGGCAAGUGGCCGGGUCCGCCGAGGCCGCCCGCGUUACUAUUGGAUUUCGUGGCGAGGGAAGCCGGCCAAGCGGCUGCCUCCUGGCUGGAGAUCUCCAAGAGCCGCGCCGCAUUGCGCCGGCAACUGCGUCUUCCGGAGAGAAUGGCGGGCAUAAUAACUGAGAACGAUACGAACGGGAUACCGUCGUACAUCGGCGACUGCCCGCACAAGUGUCCCGAACUGGGUGCGUGCAUCGCCGCCAGUCUCUGGUGCGACGGCCACGCGCACUGCCCAUCCGGCCACGACGAGGCCAACUGCGGAAACGGCGCGCGGUUGCUCGGACUGCUCCCGCCCACCAUGUGGCUCGUUGUCGCCGGCGUUGCUGGAAUUGUCACUGCCUUCGCGUGCCUAUUCACUAUUCUUAUUAGCAGAUCCAAAGCUCGCACAAAGAGACUUCAUUACAAGGGGCCGAAGAAGAGCAAAAAACCGCGACGUGCGCCAACCGAGGAGACGCUCCUCGGGGCGGCAUCCUGACAACAGCCGCCCGGUUACGUGGAAUACAUUCACGUAGACCGGGAAACGACUGUCUAGCGAUGUUAAUUCUGUGCUUCACCGUCCAAUGACUUCUCUACUUGAUAAAUCCUCCCCCGUAGUGCCACAUACAUAUAAUCGCGCAGCGGUUGGUGGCGAGGUUCCUCGGCUUCUUCCUUCCUACGUACACGAAGGAAGAAGUAGUUUUACGCUCCUUCGUACUCGCCAUUACUUAUCUCAUUCUCUUUUCUUGUCCGGUCUCUGUGUCCCCAUCUCUAAUCAUCGCCUUUUUUUCUUUCCUUGCUUAUACGCUGCGCGUUUUAUAAAAGUGAGAAAUGGUACAUCGAAUCGACAUCAAUUCGACGUCGAAUCGAUGCCGAAUUUAUUAUCAUUUCUCGCUGGGUAGCAUCUUCUCUGAGUCUGGCUGAGUUUGUUGCCACUCAUUCGAUGUGUUAGCCAAUGUCUUGUUGAGAUGGUAAUGCAAUGUCUCAGUAAUCGAAUUUGACCCAUCAUCCUAACGACUUUGGCCAACACGUAUGUCGAAUGUGCGGCAAAAAAGAAAUUGAAAGGAGAAACAACCUGAAAUUCGUGGUGUACAAGCGUUUGUGAAAAAUAAAAGAAAAGAUGACUAAAGAUAGAGGCACAAAGAAACCGGGUAAAGAAAAGAGUAUGAUUAAGAUUGCUGACCAAGAUCUUGUUGAAAUGAUAGAUCGAUCAAAAUCGAUCGUUAUUGAGUUUAUCAUCUCAACAAGGCAUUGAUUAGCGCAUCGAGUAAAUGACGAAAAAAUUGAAAGAAAUAACAGCCCUCACGACGUGCAAACGUUCGAGAAGAGAAAAAAAGAGAAUGAUAAUUAGAGAUAAAGAAAUAAACCGCGCGGGCAACAAUCUCAAUAUCAUCCUUUUUCUUUUGCCCAAUCAAUUUCUAUAUCCCUAUCUCUAAUCAUCUCUUUUCUUCUUUUCUCGAACGCUUAUACACUGCGAGUUUCAAGCUGCUUCUUUCAAUUUUUUUCCACCUACUCGAUGGCCAAUAUCUGGUUGGGAUGAUAAUACAAUGUUUCAAUAUCGAAUUUGAUCGAUUAUUUCAACAAGAUCUUGGCCAACGAUUUCAAUACAAUCCUCUUUUUUGCUCCGAUUUCUGCUUGUAUCCUUAUCUCUAAUCAUUAUCCUUUUCUUUUCCUUUUUUUUUUUCGAACGCUUGUAUGCCGCAAAUUUUAGAUUGUUUCUUCUUUCAAUUUUUUUCACCCACUCGAUAUAUGUGCUGUCCAAUAUUUUGUCUCAUCAGAAUAAUAAUGAAAUUUCUAAACAUCAAAAUUUGAUUCCAAUCCAACAAUAGCUUUUUGUCAAAUGAAAUGUUUAAAGAAAUAGUGGUAAAAAAUAAAAUAAAAUGCAGUACAA